AUGGAGCGCGUCGUGUUACCAGUCGACAUAGAAGCCAGUUCGACUGAUGGCAAUAACACUGUGGGAGGUGCGAGAGGGGCGACAUCGACGGAUUUUGAGAAGGAGGACGACGCCUGGGACAAGAACCCUGAAAAUCCUCUGAACUGGGGCCCGAGAACCAAGUUUAUACAAAUUGCUAUGCUCUCAUCUGCCACAUUCCUUGGCUCUGUCGCGACAUCCAUUGUCAGUCCAUCAGUGGCGUAUGUGAUGUUGGAAUUCUCGGUUUCUCGAACUGUCGCCAUUCUUUGCCUUGCACUCUACGUCCUAGCACUUGCAUUCGGCCCUGUAAUCGGUGGACCUUUAUCUGAAACCAUCGGCCGCCGAUAUGUAUACAUUGGUUGUAUUCUGACAGGUGUGUUAUUCACGAUCGGUGCCUCUCAGGCCACCAACUUUGCUGCGCUCUGUGUCCUGAGAUUUUUCUCUGGCUUCUGCUGGGGUCCUGCCCUAGCCGUCACGGCGGGUUCGAUCAUUGAGGUGUUUCGAGCUGAGGCAAGAGGCCCUGUAAGCGCAAUAAUUGUGCUGAUGGCUUUUCUUGGCCCUGGCCUGGGGCCCGUGAUAGGAGCGUUUGCUGUUAGUCGACAUGGCUGGCGUUGGCCAUAUUACUGUCUUCUUGUCAUAUCUGCGGCCCCUUUGACGCUUUCCAUUCUGUCCAAGGAGACCUUCCACCCUCUACUACGAAGAAGACUUGCCAAGAGCCGGGGCGAACUAGUCUCUCCCUCCCAGCCGCUCUCAAUGCGCCUCAGAGAAUUUGCCCUUGUCUCUGUCAUCCGGCCUGUUAGAAUGCUGGUUCUCGAACCGAUUGUCACUUUCAUCUGUCUCUAUGUUGCUCUUGGGUUCGGCACCCUGUUCAGCUUCUUCGCAGCAGUGCCGUAUACUUUCGCAUCUGUGUAUAGGUUCGAUGUUGAGCAAUGCGGUCUUGUGUUUCUUGCUGUUGUGAUCGGGUGUUUUCUUGGACUUAUCACAAUCGUGGUCUGUGAUAAGAUGAUAUACCAGAAGAAAAUCAGCCAGUUUCCACCCAACAAGGUGCCUCCUGAGCACCGCCUCUAUGCCGCCAUGGUCGGCAGCUUGGUAUUGCCAAUAGGACUAUUUUGGUUUGGAUGGUCAGCACGUGCAGGCGUGUCGUGGGCCAGUCCUGCAGCAGCCAUCUCAUUCUUUGCCUGGGGGAACAUCUCCAUCUUCAUCACCACAUUUCAGUACAAGACUGACACAUACACUGGAAACGUGAUUGCCAGUGCCGCCAGUGCCAACAGUUUGGCUCGGUAUGGAUUUGCCGCAGCUUUUCCACUAUUUACUGUUCAGAUGUAUCAAAAGCUGGGCAUUUCUUGGGCUAGCAGCCUUUUGGGGUUCUUUUCCCUCGUGCUAUUACCUGUUCCCUGGGUACUGUUCAAAUAUGGGCCACGCAUCAGAGCAAAGAGUCAGUAUGAGACUGUCCAAUACAGCUAA